AGUUGUGUACUCUACGUCUUUGCUCAGUCAGCCAAAAGCAACCGCCUGGUCAAUCCUAGUCAAACAUACAAACCCACUACUCCUUCUCUAACCCCCUCUCUCUUUCUUUUACUCUCCAAUUUCUCAAUUUCCUGACCAAAAAGCAAAAGAAACCAUAACUAAUUUCUCUCAUUUCUAACACGAAACUCAUAUUCUUCAUUUCUUAACAAAAAAUAAAAGUAAGCAUUACAAAACCAUUUCUCACUUUUUCUCUGUUUUUUUCCCUUUUAGUUUGUUUCUCUGCUCUUUUUUUAUGGCUUCAAUGGAGGAAAAAUCAAAUACCCAGAUAGAAAAGAACCCAGAAAUAAAUACCCAAAACAAAAAUACAUCUGAAACUAAUUUAUCUGAUUUAAAGUCUGAAACUUUAUCUUCAUCUUCUCACACUAAUUCUAGUUACCCUUCUUUCUCGAAGCUUCUAGAAGGUGUUGUUAUGGCGGCUAAUUCUGCUCUUUCUUCUGACCCUUCUGUUAAAACUGCUGAUUUUCAGGGACAGUUCGGGAUGUCUCAUCAAGAAGCCUUGGCGAAUGUUACUGCUAAAGCAGCUCAAGCUCAUCCUCAGGUGCAACCCCAAACAGAGUCUACAAAGUCUUUGAUCAAACCAUUGUCAAAGAAGAAAGUUGGAGAGCUUCAGAUAAAGAAAGGAAAUUCCUCUUAUCAUACGGAUGAACCUCCAGAUGAUGUUCCAAGGACACCCAUGUCAGAUGUGUAUGGCUGGCGGAAGUAUGGCCAAAAGCAGGUGAAAAGUUCUGGAAGCUCUAGAAGCUAUUACCGAUGCACUUCUCUUUCUUGCUGUGCCAAAAAGAAGGUUCAGCAUUUGGAUGUAUCUGGACAAGUCAUUGAUGUUGUUUACAAAGGUGAUCAUAAUCAUGAUCCUCCUCAAAAUGUCAAGGGUUCCAGCCGGAAGAAGGAUACAACACCACGUGCUUUGAACCACUCUAGUGACUCUUCAGUACAAAAUCUCGAUGCUCCUCGUUCUCUUACAUGUGAGAAAGAAAUUAAACAAUUAGUACCUUCAACUACUGAAGGCCAGGAUGAGAAUCUGAAUCGUGCAGCUGGAACACCACCACGAGAUGUUGAAGAACAAUAUACCAAGACAGUUGAUACUACCUCAAGACUUGGGAAUGAGCUAGCAACAGUGCCAGUAGUAGAGGAGCAUAGUGGUACCAGAUCGGAUAAUUCUAACGAACUUGCCAUGAAUAAUCCCAUGAAAGAGCCUGAUGUUAUGCCAAUGAAAAAACGAAGGAUAAAAGAAAGGGGUAAGGCAUGCUCUGAAUCAGUAUACAGAACUUUCAAGGAUCCUAAAAUAGUAGUGCAUACAGCUGCGGAUGUUGCAAUGUCCAGUGAUGGGUACCGGUGGCGCAAGUAUGGGCAAAAGAUGGUUAAAGGAAAUCCACACCCUAGGAGCUAUUAUAGGUGCUCAUCUUCCGGUUGUCCUGUUCGCAAGCAUGUUGAGAGGGCAAACGACAAUUCAACAGCAAUGAUAGUCACUUACGAAGGAAAACACGAUCACGACAUUCCUACUCCCAAGAAGCAACAUCAUGCCUCCCCAAAUUACUCGCCUGUCUCUGGUGCAAACACAGUGUUGGACAAAUCAGAAAAUGAGCCCAGAGAUAUGGUAUCUGAUCUCGGGGAAGAGAAGACUUCAGAAGCAGGCGGAGAUAAAGUGUUAGAGUCUGCUCGAACGCUGUUGAGCAUCGGGAUUGAACUUAAAUCUUGCUGAUAGUUAAGUCUGAAACUCAAACUAAGAAAUUUGGCAGCUGGAAAAGUUUAUUCCAUUGUUAACCUUGUACAUAGUCUGGUUUACAUACUACUACUGGUAACUUCUAUAUUGGGCUGGCUAUACAUCUGGGUGGUUUGAGAUUUGAGCAUAUAUCAUUGAACAAUACUGUUAUUAUGUUUUCUAAAAUUAUUUUACUUAGGACAGAUAGAUAUAUAAUAGGAAACUGUUAUUUUAAUUUGGAUUAUCUAUCUAGUGAUACCAACUUCAUCU